CUCUCACGCCCAGGGGGCUCCGGGGUGCCCGCCUGCAGGAGGGCGGGUUCGCCGCUGGAGGUCGCGGGUGAACAAGGCUGGCCAGGAGCGGGCCCGGCUCGGGUCUCCUGUGAAAGGCAGACGGUUCCCCGCCGCCGCGGGAGGAAUGCGGAACCAGCCCUGUGCGAAGAGCUGCGGCUGCUGCCCGGGCUGGAGGCUGCUCAGAGCCCAGUGAGGAGGAUGGGGAAGCGGGAGCCCUAAGCGCCCUGCUGCUGCCCAGGGGGUCCGCCUUGCCCGUCUGAGCCGGGGCCAAAUGAAGCAGCCCCCGGCGGCGAGGUAGCCUUUCCAGCGCCCCCAGCCCAGCCCCAUGAAGCUCAUCUAGCAGAGGAGGAGGAGAGAAGCCAGAGCCGAGCCCUGCUCACUCGCACCGUCCCCAUGGCGAAGGACAAGCCCAGGAAGGCUUUGCAGGAGCUGCUCCAGAGACCGGGCAACCAGCUGUGCGCGGACUGCUCUGCACCUGGUGUGUGUACAGAUCCCCUAGGGAAAAGUCUUGCAGAGUUUAAUAGAAAAUAACCUUCCGGAGGAGAGUGAUGGAGAAUGAUACCCCAUUGCAGAAAUUGAACCAGACUGGGCAUCGCAUACUCUAGGAGUGUUUAUCUGUUUAAAUUGUUCAGGAAUCCAUCGCAAUAUCCCACAAGUCAGCAAAGUGAAAUCAGUCCGUUUAGAUUCGUGGGAUGAUGUUCAAGUUGAGUUUAUGGCUGCAAAUGGAAACAACGUAGCAAAAGCAAGAUAUGAAUCUAAAAUACCACCAUUUUAUUACAAGCCAACAUUUCCUGACUGUCAACUGCUACGAGAACAGUGGAUCAGAGCCAAAUAUGAAAGAAAAGAAUUCAUUUACACUGAGAAGCAAGAGCCUUAUUCUGCAGGGUACAGAGAAGGGCUUCUCUGGAAGAGAGGACGUGACAAUGGGCAGUUCUUAAGCAGAAAAUUUGUGUUAUCGGAACGGGAAGGCGCUCUGAAGUACUUCAACAAAAAUGAUGCAAAAGAACCCAAAGCAAUUAUGAAGAUUGAACAUUUAAAUGCGACUUUCCAACCUUCAAAAAUAGGGAACCCACAUGGACUACAAAUCACUUACUUGAAGGACAACAGCACAAGGAAUAUCUUUGUCUAUCAUGAAGAUGGCAAGGAAACAGUGGAUUGGUUCAAUGCCAUCCGUGCAGCACGGUUCCAUUAUUUACAAGUGGCGUUCCCUGGAGCUAGCGAUGUUGAUUUGGUGCCAAAGCUUUCUAGGAACUACUUGAAGGAAGGUUACAUGGAAAAAACUGGGCCAAAGCAAACAGAAGGUUUCAAGAAGCGAUGGUUCACCAUGGACGACCGAAGGUUGAUGUAUUUCAAAGAUCCUCUGGAUGCCUUUGCUAGAGGGGAAGUAUUUAUUGGGAGCAAGGAAAACAGCUACAAGGUCCUGGAAGGACUCCCACCAUCCACCCAGGGAAAUCACUGGCAGUAUGGGAUAACCAUUGUGACCCCAGACAGAAAAUUUCUCUUUGCUUGUGAGACAGAAAGUGAUCAGCAAGAAUGGAUUACAGCUUUUCAGAAAGUCAUAAGCAGGCCGAUGCUGCCUCAGGAAUAUGCAGUGGAAGCCCAUUUCAAGCAUAAACCUUAGCUGGGACUGUCGGAGCAGACCCAAGGAAUGAGAUUAUGUUUACAACACAAGAUGGUUUUAUUUGAAAUGUUUAAAAAAUAAUAAAAGAAAAUUAGAAAAACGUCCUUCACUUAAUCCUGUUGGAAGCCAAGAAGUCAGCGGCAAACA